GCUUUAAUUAAUUAAUCUGUUGAACUUUGAACCCUCCCACAGCGCGGCAUGAGAUUGAAAUGCAACGCAGGAUGCUCUCCCGCCAUCAAUCAAACACAUAGGAUAGAUUCGCACACACCUUGUGAAGUCUUAUAUAGGGCCACAACCUGCUUCGAGACGUGACGUCGUAUCAAUGUUCUACGGUCUAUCGACUUCUCCCACGGCCCUCUCACGAUAUAAUCACCAUGCAGCUAAAGAAUCUCAUCGUCCACGUUGCCCUCAUAGGGGCCUGCGUGGCAGCUCCAAGCCGUCAACAGAAGCGUGACGAUGCAGACAUCCUCGACGGCGUAAUCUCCAAUCUAACCGCGGUCCUGGACAAGCUCGACACCGAGAUCAAGGCGAGCCGGGAGAACCCCCCCCUUUUCCUCGCUCGCAUCCACCAACUAACAAAGCACGACUGAGAAUCAAGGCCCUCACCAACACGACCGACACAAUCCAAUCCAUCGCCUACGGCACAUACGACAUCUCGGCCGCCCUAACCUCCGCGAGCGCCUCCCUCGCCGCCCUCGCCGGGCCCCUCCCCGCAUCCUCCCUGCUAGCGCGCGGCCCAGCGGCGUCCUCGCUGCGCGACGG